CGAGUUGAUAGUCAGCUGACAGUUAUAUCCCUUUAAUGUUGAGUCCAUUUAAGUGACAAUUCAUUGAACAUAUCGUUUAGGUUUGGCUCGCAUUCAAAACAAUUGGCAUUUAAUUGCACUUUAAUUAACCAUUGAUUGCAUUUAGUUGUGAGCGAAAUGUUUGUGUAAUUUAUUGAUGCAUUGAAUUGAUUGGCAACAAAUCGUCAGAUAUUUCACAACACAAAUGGAUAACUAUUUGGAAAAUUGCAGAAAACAUUUGGUAACAUUGAGUGAAUGGUCGGAACCGAUAGAGUUAGUGGUGGGCAAUGAAAGCUGUGAUCUGGACUCAGCCGUCAGUGCCGUCGGUCUGGCAUUCAUUAAACACACGGAAUAUAAUAAAGUGGAGUCCAAUAACCGAUUAGUUAUUCCCGUUUUGAACACAACUCGAAAUGAAUUACAACUGAAAACGGAAGUGAUUUUUUGGUUUGAAAACUCAGUCCAUUUGAGUCGCGAUGAUCUCAUCUGUUGGGAUGAGAUCGAUGUCCAGAUACUUAAGACAAAGAAAGUGUUGAUAACAUUAGUCGAUCACAAUGUGAACGAAGAGAUGGCACGGAUUGGGGAAAUAAUUGAGAUAAUAGAUCAUCACAAAUACGAUGCGACCCGAAGUCCCGUAAGUGAUCCGUCGAAAGUGUUUGUCGACCCGUCGAUCGGUUCCUGUUCUACACUAAUCGCCGAACGCUUUCUUCGAAGCGAUUUGAAAGCCGACACACAAUUGGCUCUUAUCCAAUCAUUGAACGAAGAGAGGGAUCAGAUAACUCCCUUUAAACGCAAUGCUUCUCUAACACAAAGUCAGAGAAAGAAAAUUAGUCCACGAAUUAAUAUCCAACAGAUUCUUAACUCAUCGGAUGAGUUAAGUCCUGGAGUCGGCGGCAUUGCUCUUCCUGACAGCCAUCCCCUCUCAUCCAGUGAACCCAAUAAUGAUAAUAAUGCCAAUAAUUUGAAUGCCAACGAAGAGCGUGAAAGUUUGGUUCGGCGGCCAUCGACUACUAAAAAGAAGAUUCCAGUGAAUCGCGAAUUCUUCAAAAGCGAUGAAUUUAAUGGUGGAGAAGGAGAGCCGUCCGCAGCGAUCGUAGAGCUUUCUGCGCGCCAAGAAAUGGACGAAUCGAGAGCGUGGUCUCAGUCCUGUCCUAUCGGUCCCGACGGUGAGGUCAAACCAAUCGAUAUGAAAGUUAUCGAUCCCUACAAGAAAGUCAUAUCACACGGCGGAUACUUUCACUCCAGUACUGGAAACAGCCAUCAGUCGGGCGCCAGUCCUGCUAUCAUAGUAUUCUCCGCUUGUUAUCUGCCCGACCGCUCACGAAAAGACUACAAUUACGUUAUGGAUCACCUCUUCAUGUAUGUGUUGACGACUCUCCACAAUCUGAUUGCUGACGACUAUAUCCUCAUAUACUUCCAUAACGCGGGUCUGUCCACUCUCGGCAAUAAUAUGCCAACGUUUGGAUGGCUUAAGCGGUGCUAUUAUAUGAUGGAUAGGAAACUGAAGAAGAAUUUGAAAGGACUAUAUUUAGUGCAUCCGACCUUC